CUGUGAUUUGGUGACCAAGCUCCUGGAGCUGGGUUUGUGCUCUUAUAAUGAUGGGAGUGUGAUGAGUAUCUCCUUACGCCCACCACCACAGUGAGAUCUAUUUAUUUAGAGAAUGGAGUCAAUUUCUUCCUCCUCCAUCCACUGCUGGUCCUGGAGAGAAACUGCUUUCCCCAAUCAGCCUCUGCCUCCAUUCUGUGACCCUCUUCUCCCUCUUCCUGGAGGCUUCCCAAAGAAUUCGUUUCGUGCUUUGAUCGCUUUUGAUUUGGAGCUGCAGUGAGUGGCGUGCAUGGAGAAGAUGAACAUGGGGCUGAGAGGGGCUGGGGGAGCACAGGGGACAGUGGGGACGUGGGAGGGAGGGAGCAGGAAGGAAAAUAUUGAACUUAGCAUGAAAAGCACUGAGGCAAACAAAGUUAAAAGCGAGCAGGGAGGAAUGCUGACUGCAGAGAAGGGGCCGGGAGGGAGUGAAGCAGUGAAGUGACAGUGAAAGUUUGUGCAUUGGUUGCAGUGUGGGGCCCUGGGGGGCCAGCAGGGCUGCAUGUCCCUGGGAUGCAGUGCUUGUCACUGCAGGGUCACGUCAUGGUCUGUAUGGACCAUGUGAGCUCUGUAGGUGCGGGGCUGCAUCUUUUCUCGUGGAUACAUGGAGCUGCAUCUCCAUCUCUCUCCAUGGAGGCACAGGGCUCCGUCUCUGUCUCUAUGGAUGCCCAGCUCUCCACCUCUCUCUCUCCAUGGAUGCCCGGGGCUCCAUCUCUCCCGCUGGACGCACGGGGUUCCAGCUCUGCGCUUCGAGCCCCGCUCCGUGCCGUCGGGCUGAGCCCUUUGCCCCGCAGCCCCGCGCAGAGUCCGACGCCUCUCUGCCCCCUCGGGAUCCCCGUUCUUCCACCCCACCCGGGGCCGUCCGGUGGUGGCCGGGCCGGGGGGGAGGAGGAGGAGAAGAAGAAGGCGGUGGCGGGGGGCGGUCCGGGGGAGGCGCCAGGGCUGGCGGCGGAGCGCUGCAAGCGGGGGAGGCGCCGCCGGAGCCGCCCCGGGGCUCGGGGAGCCGGAGCUCCCGGUGCCGGGGCGAUGCGGGGGGCGGCGGCGGCGGCUCUGCUCUUAGCGGCGGCGGCGGCGCUGAGCGGGGCUGCGGAAUCGGCGGCGGUGCGGAGCUGCGCGGUGCAAAGCGUGGGCUGUAAGUGCGCGGCGGAGCGGCACAAGGCGAGCGGCCCCGCCGUGCCCCGCCGCCGGGUUCUGUGCAACGGAGCGGCCCUCCCCGCACCUCCCGAACCGCGGCUGCUGCCCGACGGCACCGCCACGCUGCUGCUGAGCAACAACAAGAUCACAGUGCUGCAGAACGGCUCCUUCUUCGGGCUGCGGGCGCUGGAGAAGCUGGACCUGAAGAACAACCUGAUCAGCACGGUGCAGCCAGGCGCCUUCCUUGGGCUCCCCGAGCUGAAGCGUCUGGACCUCUCCAACAACCGCAUCGGUUGUCUGAGCGCCAGCGUCUUCCAGGGUCUCACCAACCUCCUCCGACUUAACAUGUCAGGAAACAUUUUCUCCAGCCUCCCCCCUGGCGUCUUUGACGAGCUGCCCUCACUGAAAGUCGUGGAUUUUGCCACCGAAUACCUGACGUGUGACUGCAAUUUGCUCUGGGUGCUGCCCUGGGCCCGCAACCGCUCAGCUCAGAUCUCGGAGCGGACGCUGUGUGUGUAUCCACGUCACCUGCACAGCACCCCGCUGCGUAGCGCACAGGAGAACCAGCUGCAAUGCGCCGGCACCCCGGAGCUGCACACCCACCACCUCAUCCCGUCGCUGCGCCAGGUGGUGUUCCAGGGGGACCGACUGCCCUUCCAGUGCACCGCCACCUAUUUGGACAACAGCACCCAGAUCCAUUGGUACCACAACCAGCAGCGAGUGCAGGAGGAUGAGCGGGCGGGCGUCAUCGUGGAGGAGAGCCUCAUCCAUGACUGCACCUUCAUCACCAGUGAACUCAUCCUCUCCAACAUCCACGUCUCCGCCAACGGUGAGUGGGAGUGUGCCGUCUCCACCUCGCAGGGCAACGUCAGCAAGAAGGUGGAGAUCGUGGUGCUGGAGACCUCUGCAUCCUACUGCCCUGCAGAGCGCGUCACCAACAACCGAGGGGACUUCAGGUGGCCCCGCACGCUGGCUGGCAUCACUGCCUUCCAGUCAUGCCUGCAGUACCCCUUCGCCUCGGGGCCAGCAAGUGGGGGUCCAGCAGCAGAGAAGCAAGCGUCCAGGCGUUGUGACCGUGCGGGGCGCUGGGAGGAGGGCGACUACUCCCACUGCCUCUACACCAACGACAUCACCCGCGUGCUCUACACCUUUGUGCUGAUGCCCAUCAAUGCCUCCAAUGCACUGACACUGGCUCACCAGCUGCGCGUCUACACAGCCGAGGCUGCCAACUUCUCAGAUAUGGUCGAUGUCCUCUACGUGGCUCAGAUGAUUGAGAAGUUUAUUGGCUACGUGGACCAGAUCAAGCAGCUCACCGAUGUGAUCGUGGAGAUGGCAAGCAACAUCAUGCUGGUGGACGACCACAUCCUCUGGAUGUCACAGAAAGAAGAGAAGGCAUGCACCAGCAUCGUGCGUUCCCUGGAGAAGAUCGCAGCGCACACCCUCAGCACCAACUCCCAGCACAUGGCAGUGAACUCACGCAACAUCGCCUUCGAGGCGUACGUGGUAAAGCCUGAGAGCUACGUGGGGCUGAGCUGCGUGGCGUUCCAGCGCCGGGAUGGGGGCCCUCCUGGGCGCACGGCCCUGGCUGAGCAGGGAGCCGAGCCCCAGCCUGACCAGCAGCUGCGACUGCGCUGCACCACAGGACGCCCCAACGUCUCCCUGAGCAGUUUCCACAUCAAGAACAGCAUUGCCCUGGCCUCCAUCCAGCUGCCGCCCAGCCUCUUUGCCAGCCCCAUUCCACCCACCCCGCUGGCCGACUGCAAGUUGCAGCUGCUGGUGUUCCGCAAUGGGAAGCUCUUCUGCAGCACAGGGAACUCCUCACGUCUAGCAGACGACGGCAAGCGGCGCAGCGUGGCCACGCCAGUCAUCUAUGCAGGGACAUAUGGCUGCAGUGUAGGGAACCUGACGGAGCCGGUGGCCGUGUCGCUGCGACACCCCGGGGAGGGUGCAGACCCUGUGGCUGCCUACUGGAACUUUGAGGUGCUGGGGGGCAUGGGGGGUUGGAGCGCCGAGGGCUGCCAGCUGGCUGCCCGUGAGCCCAACGUCACCUCCCUGCACUGCCGGCACCUCAGCAACGUGGCUGUGCUCAUGGAGCUGAGCGGGUUCCCCAGUGAGGCACGAGGUCCAGUGGAGGUGCUGCACCCAGCCAUGUACACCUGCACAGCCGUGCUGCUGCUCUGCCUCUUCACCACCAUCAUCACAUACAUCGUCCACCACGGCACCAUUCACAUCACGCGGAAGUGCUGGCACAUGCUCCUUAACCUCUGCUUCCACAUGGCCAUGACAUCAGCAGUGUUUGCAGGAGGCAUCACCCUCACCGGCUACCUGGUCGUCUGCCAAGCGGUCGGCAUCAUUUUGCACUACUCCUCCCUGUCCACGCUGCUGUGGAUGGUGGUGAAAGCCCGUGUCCUCUACAAGGAGGCGACCUGGAAAGCACCUCGGCAGCCAGAUGGGGAUUCAGCACCGCCGACCCCUCGGCCCAUGCUGCGGUUCUAUCUGAUUGCUGGUGGGAUCCCCCUCAUCAUCUGCGGCAUCACAGCAGCUGUCAACAUCCACAACUACCAUGACAACAACCCUUACUGCUGGCUGGUGUGGAGGCCCAGCCUGGGUGCCUUCUACGUGCCGGUGGCCUUCAUCCUGCUGGUCACCUGGCUGUACCUGCUGUGUGCUGGACUCAGCCUGCAGUGCCAGGCUCCUCGUGGGAAGGAGCCCCCGGAGUUGCCAGGCACACCGCCGAGGCUGGGGACCAACGGGGAGCUGCUGACAGACUCAGGCUCCAUCUCAGUGACGCUGCACUCAGGGACGCAUUGCCCAGAGGUGGAUGGUGUGUACUCACUGCAGGCACAGCUCUGGGCACUGCUGGCUGUGCACGCCAUGUAUGUGGCCUUAUGGACGUUUGGAGCCAUGGCCGUGUCCCAGCGUGGAGAUCUCAACGUCGUUUUCAGCUGCCUCUACGGGGUGACGGCCGUGGCGCUGGGACUCUUCAUCUUCAUCCAUCACUGCGUCCGUCGCCGGGACGUGCUGGGCUCGUGGUUCUCCUGCUGCCCCUCCUACCGCUCUGCGCUGCCCAUGCAGCCCUACAGCCACCCCGGCACGGCGGCGGUAGAGGACGGCUCCCAAAUGUUCAUCAGCUGCGAUCCCGAAGCCGCCCGCAGCGCCACGUCCUCCUCCUCACCCAGCAGCACGGGCUCAGCCGCCGGCCGCUGCAAGCUGACCAACCUGCGGGCGGCACAGAGCCAGGCUGAGGAAGCGGAGCACGGCGACGGGGGGAGAAGCUCCGGGGUGGGGAGAAACGCCAACAACCACCGCAGGAACCACAAGAGCAGAACUAAGCAGCACCGCGAGGGGAAGCACCACCGCUUGAAGGUGCUGCGGGGCCCCUCCUCCGAGCAGAGCGAAAGCGGCAGCGUGCACAACAGCCAUUCCGAGAGCUACCACAGCAGCAGGAACAGCCCCAUGAACAACUGCGCUGCGCAGCGAGCCGCGGGCACCCAGGAUGGGGAGGUGGCACCCAGCCAGUCGGAGGGCAGCGACGGCUUUCUGGAGGCGCGACGGCGGAGCAGAGACAACGUGAGGCAAGCGGAGAGGGAGGCGAAGCGACGCUCCUACCCCCUAAACGUGGGCAGCCACAACGGAGGCUUGAAGGGCAGCAAGUACGACGUCAACCUGGCCGGUGCUGACGGCGGGGCCGGGAUGAGAAGCGGGCUCUGGAAAAGCGAAACUACGGUGUGAGGGAUGGGGA